CGCAACGUCAGCAGAGAGAAGGAGAAUACCAUGGGUAUCUCUCGCGAUUCUCUCCACAAGCGCCGUGCCACCGGUGGCAAGCAGAAGCCCUGGCGCAAGAAGCGGAAGUACGAGUUGGGCCGCCAGUCCGGCAACACCAAGCUCUCUUCCUCGGUCUCCGUCCGCACCGUGCGAUGCCGCGGCGGCAACAAGAAGUUCCGCGCGAUCCGUCUCGACUCUGGUAACUUCUCAUGGGGCUCCGAGAACACGACGCACAAGACGCGCAUCCUGGACGUAAACUACAACGCGUCGAACAACGAGCUCGUGCGCACGAAGACGCUCGUGAAGAACGCGGUCGUGCAGGUGGACGCCGCGCCGUUCCGUGCGUGGUACCAGCAGCACUACGGCAAGAAGAUUGGCAUCAAGGAGAAGAACGGGGAGAAGGUUGAGGCGGAGGACAUCGACGAGAAGCGAUCCAACACCCUGAAGCGCAAGCUUCGCGACCGCAACAACAAGCACGCCGUCCCCGCGAACGUGGACACGCAGUUCUCCACGGGUCGUCUCUACGCGCUCGUCACGUCCCGCCCGGGGCAGUGCGGUCGGUGCGACGGGUACAUCCUCGAGGGGAAGGAGCUCGACUUUUACGUCAAGAAGAUGCAAAAGAAGAAGCACGCGACGAAGGAGACGGCUUAAGUUCGUCUUCUUCCGUGGGUGUGGUGAUUGUGUGGUGGGGCGUACUUAGCACUCGCUCGGGUGUGUAAUCGGAGAGGAACGAGCAACCGAAAACUAUCAU